AUGUAUCGAAAAAACCUGGAUGGCGCAGGAUUUGAGGAUGUCUUGUUUCAGCAACUUAUUCGUAGCCCUGGAUUGGUACUCCAAACGACAAACCUUGCAGGUGAAAAUCCAUUGGACGUGGAUCUGGGAGCCACAGGAUACGAACUAAUGCAGAAACCUCCCAGAAUGCUUGGUAGAGAUGGCAUGGGUAUUCUAGUGCGUUGUUAUGUAGGUUAUGAGCGGUUUAGUUUCAUCCAAGGCUACAGGUUCAUUCAAGUGUCGGUCAGAGACUUUAAAACUUAUGAUAAGGAAUCAGCAAUGAUUGAGCUUGCUUUUGACAAAGGACCUGGUGCCAAGAAUCAAAUCGAGGAAUAUCUGGACGCUGCAUUUGGUGGGUUCCACGAAGCAAUUUUGAUCGGAAGAGGUAUCAGGAAGAGAUUUGAAGUCAAAAAGGACGGAAUUCUCCGCAAAGACUUCAAGGUUAUCUACAUUUGUGGAAGGGGUGAUUUUGGCGAAGGUGCUUCCGGGAAACAUGGAUUACCAAACCACAAGCUCAAGGCUCUUGAAUAUCCGGAAGUCAGGCACAUAUGCUUUGGUGAGCUUAAACAAAGCGAUUUGGCCCUUUAG